AUGCCGUUUGUUGUACGUAAAAUAGAGCCACGGUACAUUGGACGUGGGCACGUACCGCAAGACAAUUCUUGCGUGGAAAUAUGGCCUGUUGGUGCGGAGCUUGAGGCAAUUAUAAAUGGUGCCCUUGCAUGUACUCUAAAACAACUAGCUUCGUUGUUAACAAAUGCUCAAGAUAUAUUUCAAGGGCUCAAUGAUGAAUUGGGUGAUGUUGCCAAUAGAACGGAAUCGGAUAUCAGCAGCUUUGCGUCAAGAAAAAAACACUUUAAAUCAUUACAAAAACCAUCUACUGGACUGUUUUCUGAAACAACCAGACCAGCAGCAUUGAAAAAAUUAUAUCAACAGGCUAGUGUUAUUGCUGUACGUAAUUUGGAUUAUAUAAAAAUAAAUCACAAUGGGAAUGAUACUACUGCUGUUGAAAUGUUUUUGUGUACUCCAAUUCUCGGUAAAAGAAGAAGAGAUCAAAGUUUAGAUAUUGAAUCUCGAGUUCCAGCAUUAUUUGACGACUUGAGAAGAUGGACUUCCAGUGAAGCUUUGGGAGAUAUAACAGUUCCACCAGAUUGUAUGUCUAGAAUUAUUCAAUCCAAUGAUAAUGAUUUUACUGGUGAUGAUGCCGUUGAUCAUAAAUUACCAAGUCCUGAAGAACAAUUUCAAGUGAUUGCAUUAAAAUUCCCAGCGGAAAUAGUUGCUGUUGAUAUUAGUGGAAAAGGAUUUGCUCGGAUGUCAAUGCGAAAAAAAUUAACAAUGGCUCAAAUAACAUCUGAAUUUAAUUUGGAUAAUGAUACAACCGUAAAACGACGAUCAAAAGUUCGACACAACACUAGUAGAUCAAAGAAUAAACGUAGAAAUACAAUUGCUGGAACAGAUGGUAAAGAAAUAAAGCAAAAUAUUAUUAAAGAGCCAUCUACAACAAAAAAAGAUAAUGAUGAGGAUGAUAAUAUUAAAGAAACAAUCUAUAAAUCUAAAUCAACUAAAAAUCGUUGUGUUAGAUCAAUAAGUACAGAUAUAUUACAAGAACGAGAUACAGAAUUAACAAAAUGGAAUUUUGAUGCAUUUAAAGCUUGGGGUAGAUCAAGAUUACGAUCUAUGCGUCGGCAAUCCUCAGAUAUUGAUAAAAAUAUAAAAUCUACCAGUAAUUUUGGUAGUGUUACUGAUAAUAGUAAUAAUAAUAAUAAUAAUAAUAAUAACAAUGAAGAUGAAAUAAAUAAUGAUAAUAAUAAUGAUGUUAAAGAUUUAAUGGUAGUUAAUAAAGUAAAUGCUAAUGAUGAAUUGAAACUCUCUGAAGAAGAAGAAGAAGAAGAAAUAAAACAAAACUUUUCAUCUAUUAACGUAAAUAAUAAUAGUGUUGCUACUUCUAGUAUUCCAUUAUUAUUAUCAUCAUCAUCAUCAUUAUCAGCGACGAAAAUGCAUACAUUUGACAGAAACUUUUCUCAUCAAUCACAUCAUCAAAAACGACAACAACAACAAAAACAUGGUAAUAGUAGUAAUAAUAUGUUAUAUGACGUAAGAUUGCGAGAAAGUGCUGUAUUAAGAAGAGAAAGAAGAAAAGGUAAUAAUAAUAAUAGUAAUAAUAAUAAUAAUAAUAAUAAUGCUAAUAAUACUCGUGAGGAUCCUAUACAUUCAAGUUCUGGUAAUUGGAGUGCAUCUUCUGAAAGUGGACGAACUAGCAGUAUUGGAAGUGAAAUAAUUUCAUCUAAUUUACCUGGAAGAUCAUCAUCCUCAUCAUCAUCAUCAAAAUUAUUGUCACACAAUCAUGGACGUAGAUUAAAAGGUCGUGAUACUCCAACAUCAUCAUCAGUAACAUCAGAAGCCAGUACAUUGACACCAGAUAUUAUUCAAGAUAUAAUUACCUAUCCCGGUGAUGAUUUUGAAACAGAAGGUGAAACUUGUUCUAUUUAUUCUUGUGAUACUGAAGGAUAUUAUACGUCAUUUCACAUGGAUUCUGGACUAAAAACAUUACGUGAAGAAGAACUUGCAGCAGCUAAUGCUAAUAUUAAUAAUAGCUUUAACAACGCUACUCCUAAUUAUAAUACUACUACUACUAAUACUAAUGCUAUAAAAACAACAACAGCAGAUAUUGUCACUUUUAAUAAUCAAAAUCAAAAUCAUAAUCAAUUGCCAUCCAAUAAUCAAAAUGGAUUUGUUGAAAAUGAGUAUGAAUUAUUUGGACGUGGUUCAACGUCUACAACUACCAGCUCUGCUGGUACUGUUUGUACAACUUUAAUGGCUGGUGCUCCUCCUGUUCCACCUGAAAGAAAAUCCAGCUUGACUGUUGUUGCUAUGGUUCACGGACAAAAUGGUGGAGGUAAUUCACCAGACAGCGGACAUAAUACAUGCUCAUCUCCAGUAGAAUCUGCUUCUGCUUCAAGUCCAGCUUGUUAUACAGCGCGCUCCUGCUCUGAAUUAGAAUACUCUGAAUCAAGUGAUCUUGAAGGUUAUGAUAGAAUAGAACGUCUACGUAAUAAAACAGCAAUAAGCACAAAUCGUAUUCCGUCCAUGUGUGUAAUAACUCCAUCUGGUUCAGAUGACGAACAAGCUCAAUCACAACAACAACAACAACAACCGGAUUUAAAUAAAAUAUUACAAUUACAUAAUGCUAAUUCAAUAUCAUAUGAUGAAUUAGUAAACACAAGUGUAGUUGGUGUUGGAAAUAAAAUAAAAACUUGUCAAGAUUCUGGCGACUAUGUUACCAUAGCCGAUUUUAGAAAUAAUAAAGACAGGUAUCGUCAAGAAAAUAUAACUCAAGUUUAUGCUAAUAUUGAGAGUAAAAAAUAUUCAUUAAAACAACAACAAUCAUCAAAAAAAUCAAAAUUAUUACCAGAUGAAUUUGAAUCUGCCGAGUACGUCAGUCUUAGCGAUUUACCAAAAAAAUCAGACUGCUCGUUAGAAAGAAAAAGACGCCAAGGCGCUAGAGUUGUUUUAGAUUAUCAAGGAAAAGUUAUUUAUUCAUCAGAUAGUCUUAAAAGACGAAAGGAAUCACAUACUACAUUUAAUCCAGGUCCAUUCAUUAAAGAAUCAUCGCCAAUAGUUGCCGCUACUAAUCGAAAUGACAAAUCCCAUCCUGAAUCACCACGAGGUAUAGUUAAACCUCGAGCUUUUGUAAAUUUGGCUCAUCAGCAUCAACAGCAACAGCAACAAUCAGAGUCAUCAAUUAUUAAUGAAAAAAUAAAAAGGACGGCAGCAUCAACAGCAUCAACAGCAUCAACAGCAUCAACAGCAUCAACAGCAUUAACAGCAACACUAGCAGAGCUUGAGGAAGUUAAAAUUGAGGAGAAAAUUAAGGAGGAAGAUACUAAUUGGAUACACAGUCAAGACCAAGUUGAUAGUCAUAGAGAAAAAAAAUUACAAGAUGAAAAGAAUAAUAUUAGCACUAUUAAUUAUAAAAAAAAUUUAUCAUUAGCGAAUAAAAAAAUACAAUACAGUGAUGGAUUAUCAUCAGGAGAAGAAAUUUAUCAUCAAUCUGUAGUAGAGCUUGCUACACCAGACAUAACCAGACGAAAUCUUGAUAAUAACAAAAAAUAUGGAAAUAAUCAAAGUCAACGGUAUCUAAUGCCGUUAAAUUUGAAUACCUAUGAUGGUAAUAGUAGUCAAAUUACAACAUCUUCUCCGCUCUCUCAAAAGUUUAAAGAAAAUCAACCGUCUGAAAAAAUGAACAUUGAUCGUUUGGAACGUUUAGAACGUAAAGAUUUUUUAAAUAAUUCAACAUUAUCACCAAUACCGUCUUCUAAUAGUUUUUAUUCUUCAUCAUCGAUUAACAGUUUAGUUAAAAAUAAUAAAACAAUGUCAAAUGAUGAAUUAUUCACAGCUAUAUAUAAAUCUAAACGAAAAUUAAAUAUUAAAAAUGACAGUGAAAUAUCUACUGGAUCAACAUCAACAACAACAAAAACAAUUGAUGAUUCAUUAAUUGAUAUAAGUAAUUAUGUACCUGAUGAUAAUAAUAAAAUAGGUACACGACACAGUUGGAGUCCAGAAUCACAAACUAAUACUGCUGAACAAUUAAAAUUAUCAAAUCCAUCAUUGAAUUCAUCAUCCAAUUCAUCGAAAGGAACUGGAAGGCAAGUAAAUUACGGUAUUAAUGAUAAUAAUAAUAAACAAACAACUGCUAAUAGUACAAUAAUAAUUAAAAGUUUAAAUACUUUAUCAACACUUGAUCAUCAACGAUAUAAUUCUUCAACUGGAUCGUAUUUGUCACGCGGUCAACAAAAAACAAUUUUUCCAAAUCCAUACCAAAUCAAUAAACACGAUUCUAUUAAUUCAUUUAAUCAUCAAAAAUCUAUUUGGAAGUAUCAAAUACCGCGUAGCAAUAUUUUAUCUUGUACAAUUAUUGAAGAUGUUGCUGCUGAAGAAACUGCUGUCAAACAAUUUUUAGAAUCUCCCCCAUCACCUUUACCUUCUGCUACUUGUUCUUCCUCAUCAUUAUCAUCAUUGACACCAUCAGCAACAUUAAUAAAUGAUAGUGAUAAUAACGUUAAUAAAAACAAACAAAUAUAUAAAAAUAAUUUAAAAUCAUCUGAAAAUAAUGAUAUAGAUAAUAUUUUUUCUAAUAAACUUUUUGAAUUUAACAAUUCAAGUAAUAAUGAUGAUAGCAAUAAUUCGAAACUUGUAUCAGCCCACUUUGAAGCUGAAUCAUUGAAAAAGCGUAAUAAUGAAUUGAAAGCUCAAUUUUUAUCAAAUAAUAAACUUGACAAUAAUAUUAUUAUAUUUGAUGAAAAAAAUCAAAUAAAAUCAGGACCAACGAAAGAUACUGCUGAUAUAAUAACACCAUCCUGUCACGAAACACCACUACAUCGGCACUUGAAACAGCAUUAUAAAUUUAAGUACCAGGUGUCGCGGCAAAAAUAA